AUGCAAAGUCUAAGUUCAGAUGCAAUAUUAAUGAAGAGCAGUAGCUUAUAAAUUUCAAACUCCUCCUUCUUCAAGGAGGAGUGUUAAAUAUUAUCGAUAGCAAUAUAACUUUAUAAAAUUCAAUAAUUAAUAGUUCUUUCGCUUACUUUGGAGGAGGAGUAUUCCUCAGUUGCAGUAAUUCUUCUUGAAUUCACAAGAAUUCUUGCUUAAUCUGGGGAGAAGUACCCUUAUCAAAUUGUUCUAGAAUUCUUAGAUUAUUAAAAUGAAAGAGUCACCAAUGAUUAAAACUUAAUUGUAAAAUUGUCAGAAGUCAAUUUAAAAUAAAAUUCAGUCAUUGGAUAAAAUCAGAAGAAAGCAGUUUAAGGGGUUGCUAUACUAGAUAAUAUUUAUUUUAUUGGUAAGCCAGGAUCUAAAAAUGCUUAAUUCAAGCUAUAUUCUCCAAGUAUUGACACUGAUUAUAUGAAAGCAAUUUAUCAAAUUUAAGAUGAAGUCUAAAUUAAUGAGGUGAUUUUAGAGCUAGACUUUUAAUCUUGCUCUGAAGGUUAAGUUGAAGUGAAUCUAAUAUGUUAUCCUUGUGCGGCUGGUACAUAUAAUUUCUUCAAGGAUUAGCAAUAGUGUAAUGAUUGUUUGCCACACGCUGAUUGCUUAGGUGGAAACAAAUUAUUUGUAAGAAAUGGUUUUUGGAGAUCUUCAAACAUAUCUACAGAGAUUCAUUAAUGCUUAAAUACAAACGCUUGUAUAGGUGGAUUGAUGUUAAAUGACUCUGAAGCAAACCCACUAUGCUAAUAAGGCUAUGGUGGAAAUCUAUGUCAUACUUGUUAAAAAAUAAAUGGAGUUUAGUAUUCAAGAACAAAAAAGGAUAUUUGUGAAGUUUGCCCAGAAUCUAGAGUAAAUAUUGUAUUCCUUCAGGCUCUAUUACUUAUAUUACUUUAUCUGAUAUUUCUGCUUUCGUGGCCUUAACCGUUGGACCAAUUUUUUUCAUCAUUUUCCUAUGUGGGAGCAUCUAUCUAGAACCUUCUAUAUUUUGAAUGCAUCUUUGACGAUUAGGUUUUCGAAAAUAAGAGUAACUCAUUUGUUUUCCUUUAAACACUAAUUAUUGGUCUACUCCCUUUGAUGCUUAUGGUAUUUUUCUCAAUCGGAUUUAUACUUUAUAUCAUUUUUCGAAGGAUAAAUGCAUCGAUAUUUUUUGACUGGUUUGCAAUAAUGGGAAUCUGUGUCAUUUAUUUUACUCAUCCAACACUCUCAAGAGCUGUAAUGAACAUUUAUAUCUGCAUGGAAAUUAAUUAAGGGGAAUAUUGGCUUGUUAGUGAUUUAUCUGUAAGAUGCUGGUCAGGAGAUCAUCUGACUCUAAGUUUGCUUGUCGGUUUACCAUUCGGGAUUUUUUGGAUAAUCAUUGUCCCUUUUCUGGGGUUUUAUUAUCUCUAUUAAAAGAAGGAACAUCUAACCAAUAAGUAUUUUAAUGAUAGAUUUAAGAUUCUUUGUUCUGGUCUCAAGCAAGAUUACUACUAUUGGGAAUUUUUCAAUAUUAGCAGAAAAAUAGCCCUUACCUUUAUUAAUGUGUUUUUGCAAACAUAGUUGCCUCUAUUUAAAUCAAUGGUAGGCAUUUUAUUUCUAGGAGGAAUAUACAGACUACAGGAUAGAUAUAAGCCAUAUGAGAAUCCAAUGAUUAAUGAACUAGAAAAAAGAGAGAUGAUAAGCGUCUUUAUCUCAUUUUACUUUUCACUUUACUUUCUCAAUAAUGAGUUUUAAGCAUGGUCUUAAUUAUCGGCAUUAGCUAUUAUCAUAAUGUUCAAUGCUUGGUUUAUGGUCCUAUGGUUUUAUCUAGUUCUAAUUUAAUUCAAGUACAAUCUGACAUAUAAACUUGCAAAUAAGAUAAGACACUUUACACUAUUGAAAAUAGAGCCAAUUAAUAUAGGAUUGAGGAUGAAAGUUGAUUCACUUGUACUUUUUGAUAAGAUGGCUGACUAAUUUCAAGAAUAAAUUAAGAAUUAAACACUUAUUACUCUCAAUGAUUAAAAUUCCCUUCGAAGUGCAAAACAACCUAUUUAAAAUAACACACGAAAGAUAUAGCAAUAAUAAAAAGUAAAUAUAUCAUUCGUGAAUAGAAAUAGUUAAAGAUAUAAGCAAGACUAAAAUCAAUCUGAUCUUAAAAUCUCAGACGAACUAGAGGACAUCUUUUCUUAACGAAAUUCAAAUUACUCUAAAAGAGUUAGAGAAUUUUCAAUAAGUGAACAUAGCUCUUCUCGUAAGGAUUUCAGACUUGAUAGUAGUAAAAUCCCUGUAUUACAAGACAUAUCAAUCAGAUCAUUUGAUAUUAAUGAAGAGUUGUAAAAACCUAAGAAUCCAAGCAAGAUUUCAAAAUCAAGAUUUAAUAAAAAUCAUUAUAAAAUACAAAAGUGA